UAGCGUCGCGUCGCCUCGGCAUCGAGAGACUGCUUGCUGUUGUCAGUAUUCAGUAAUGCUUUGCAUGGCUGGCUCGCCAGUAGUCGUAGGGUCGGUGAGAGUUGUUUUUAAGUCGCUAAGAAGAAGUGAUCACAGUGUGGUGUUGUUUGCCUACCGACGUCGCCGUCGUCGCCGUCGUUCUUCUUCUUCUACUACUACUAGUACUUCUCCUUCUUCUUCUCCUCCUCCCUGCUCGACUGCUAAUAAUUAUAGUAUUAAUAAUAAUAACAACGAUAACAAGAACAACAACAACAACAACAACAACAACAACACGACCACGACCAUUAUUGCCUAUUGCCGUUGUUGUUACUACCAUUAUCGUCGUAGUUACUGUUGCUGUUACCGUCGGUUACCUCGUCGUCACCUUCCUAGCAAUCCGAUAUCCUCCGCCACAUUCUCCGCCUCGUCGUCCUCGUCGUUGUUAUACCACCACCGCCGACGACGAGUGUGUUGCUGCUGACGUCGCCGAAAUAACCGACCACCGUCGUUCAAACGAACAGCACACCGACGGAAAAGGAAAAAGAAGAAGAAGAAAACUUACUAGUUUAAUAACAAUAAUAAUAAUAAUAAUAAAAAAAGAAAUCAACAACAACAGCAAGAAUACGCUGAACAAGAAACUAUUCUCUUUUAGCUUCUAUCGUUUGCUCCCGGUGUUGUUAACCUGUAAAAGGAACUGAUGAAAAUAAAACCCCGCGGUCAAUCCUACUUCCCGCAACCCCAACCCUUGAAUAAAUCGACGCAAUAAUUCGUCUACGAUACAAGUUAUCUACGUCCAUCCCACCCCCUUCCCCACCCCCCUUUGCCCCUCGAAACUACCCCCCCUGCCCCCCCGCUUGGUCGUACCCCGAAGUGAAAAUUCGACGAUAUUACGUGAAUGAAUAUAUAUACAUAUUUAUACAUGGUCAACGAACAGUCCAAGAUGCUGUCAACAGUGCUAGCUAAAUAAUAAUGUGGUGCGACGUUAACCAGAGUUGUGCAAUGAUGGGUCUGCAGGCCGCAGCAGGAAAACGAAAGCUCGAGGGAAGCGUGGGUUGUACGGAUUUCGAUAUGGAUAUGGGUGAGACCCCGUCAAAAUUGGGACGCGUCGACGCUAGCUGGUGGGCGCUGGAGGACGGCGGCGGAAACGACGGUGGUGGUGGAGAAAGUGGUGGAGAAGGAGGAGGUGGAGGAGGCAGAGGCGGAGGAGGCGGCGGCGGCGGUGGUUACACGACGCCGUUGGGCACGCCGGGGAACCAGACGACGACGACGACAAAUUCUUCCGGAUCCUCCUACUACGAGUUGGAUAUAUCGUCGCCGUGCCUCCAGGGCAACCCCUGCCAACCGUCCGGUGCGUCCCCGAGUCCGGGCCAGCUUCACCACCACCACUCCCAGCCGAGGAGGAGGAGGCGGCGGAGGUUACAACCACAAUCACCACAACCACCACCCCAUCACCAUCCUCAUCAUCAGUUGUCGAGGCCCCAGCCGCAGUGGGGAACGCCGCCUCAUCACUACGAACCACCGACGAUAAGGCGCGAGGAGAACGGAAAGAGUUACCUCGAACUUGGGUCGAGUUACAGGGCGAACGAAAGAUGCUGCGAGGGUUCGAAGAACAGCUGGUGCAGGCGGGGGAGGGCCUGUUACAGGCAGCGACGACUCACCGUUCUCAAUAUUUCUAUGUGCAAGCUCGCAAAGUACCGACAAUUUCCGGAUCCCAGCCUCCACCGUUCCGUCCUAAUAUGCAACACUCUAAGGCAUCUGGAACGCGAGAUGGAAAGGGACCGCAGCCCGUCAAUCGCUGAAUCGCCGAUACCGGCCCCAAUGGCCCAGCUCCAACCCCCCGAACAGGGUAGACUGACCCCGUUUCCGCUUCCCCCGACGUCGUCCUCCUCAUCCUCAUCCUCCUCCUCGUCUUCGUCGUCGUCUUCGUCCACGACGUCGGUCGAGACGGACGCGGAUUCCGGCAUAGGCGAGAGCGAAGGUGACAGCAGGUCGAUAAACUGGGGCAGCGUUUUGUCCUUGUCGAGUCAGUCGCCCCUCGAUCCUCUUAACAACAACGAAUUACUAGACGUCGACAUCGGUCCCGAUCUAGAGGACUUCAUGCCGGGCUGGAAGCUCACACCGCUAUCCGCCGACGAUAUACUCAGGAGUACGAACGGCGGUAUACACCAGGAUCAGAUGAUGAUCGCGUCCGGCCAACCACCCUGCGGCACACCGACGACGACGCAGCACGAGUCCCUUAUGUGCGUAGGAUCAUAGCCACCGAUACUGACGUCGUUGAGCCAUCUCAUCGAUUUUUAUCCCCUGAGUCCCCAAUUAAAUAAUAGCAAUUCGGUCCCAAAGUCUUUGAUACAUUCUUAAGGAGACUUCUACUUUUCCUGUAUUAUAUCCACACGUACAUAUAUACAUAUACAUAUACAUGUAUAUACACACACGCGUGCAUACAUACGCAUAUAUAAAAUGAAUAAUUAAAUAGGUAUAAAUAAAUGAAUAUAUUAUUAUUAUUA